UUAUCAAAGCAAAACAGAUGAUAAGUUUCUUUGAAGUACCAAGGGUUGUAAAAAAGGGACGCAAACUGAAAUGCGAAAUCUGAAAAAAACGUUGAAACAAACGGGAAGCAAAAUAAAUUAUUAUUUGCAUUUUCUCUGUCCAUAAAAUAUUGCUCCCGACGUAACUACGUAAUACUGAGAAGCAAUAAGCAGUGUCUCGCAAAUUCCUUAUUCAGAACAGGUGUGGAUGUCAUCUGGGAAGUGUGCACCAACUACUACAGUUUUGCAGUUUAUUAAUCUGUGUCCAGCAAGGUCAUUGGUCAUAGUUGCAAGUAUUCAUCGUUGCCCGAUGAAUUGAUUUGCGAAUUAUUGUUAACUGGUGCUCUUCAUAUAACCUGCAAUUUGAAUUAUCAGUCUUCAUUCAUGAUGCUGCGGCUGUGGUAUUUGUUAUUCGUCCCGUGUACUCUUGCGUACGUCUCUUAUGUACCCGAGCAGGUACAUAUUUCUUACGGAGAGAACCCAUGGGAGAUAACUGUGAUGUGGAACACCCUGAAUAAUACAUGGACCUCAGUGGUAGAAUAUGGAAUUAAUGGUCUAGCUCUUCGAGCUGAAAGUAAACACCCCAAAAAAUUCAUCAGCCCUGGCACAAAUGGCAGUGCUCAGUUCAUACACAGAGUCACCCUGAAGAAACUCACACCUGAUAGUAAAUACAUUUACCACGUGGGCAGCAUGCUGGGCUGGUCUGAGGAGUUUUCCUUCCGAACUCCGCCGGAAGAUCAGACCACGUGGUAUCCGCGGUUGGCCAUCUACGGAGACAUGGGCAACGAGAAUGCAAAAUCUCUUCCGAGGUUGCAGCAGGAAGUUCAACGCGGCAAAUACGACGCCAUCCUACACGAUGACGGCGAACGAGGAAAUGUGUUCAUGCGGCAAAUCCAGCCUAUCGCAGCGUAUGUGCCCUACAUGACAUGCGCCGGUAAUCACGAGGAAAAAUUCAAUUUUACCCACUAUCGCAACCGUUUUGGAAUGCCUGGAAACACAGAAGGUCUCUUUUUCUCUUUCAACAUGGGAAAUGUUCACUUCAUUAGCAUUUCAACUGAGGUUUAUUAUUUUCUUCAAUAUGGAUUGAAGAUGGUUGUGAAGCAAUAUGAAUGGUUGGAGAAAGACUUGCAGGAAGCUACAAGUCCCCAAAAUCGCACACUCCGUCCUUGGAUUGUGGUGUUUGGUCACCGUCCUAUGUAUUGCUCUAAUAACAAUACCGAUGACUGCACAUACAUGGAAACAAUGACACGUGUUGGACUGCCUGGUGAAGAAAUGUUUUACCGAUAUGGAGUUGACUUACUAAUUUGGGCUCAUGAGCACUCAUAUGAGCGACUUUGGCCUAUCUAUGACUACAAGGUACUCAACGGAAGCUAUGAAGCUCCGUACACCAAUCCAAAGGCCCCAGUGCACAUUGUUACAGGAUCUGCUGGAUGUAGAGAAAUCCAUGACAAUUUUAAGGGUAAUGCUCCGGCUUGGUCUGGUUUCCGGUCCACACAUUAUGGCUACACACGAAUGAAUGUAGCCAAUAAUACACACAUUCAUUUAGAGCAGGUGUCUGUUGACCUAGAAGGAAUGGUGGUGGACCAAUUUUGGCUCAUCAAAGAAACACACACAGCCUUCACACAAUUAUGAAAUGACUAACUUGUGACUAAAAUAACCCAAACAGAGCAAAAUAGUUUAAUCAAACACAAGUCCAGAGACUGCAGAUGCUGGGUAGACACUGGUUAGAUUUUAAUUCUCAUGUGUAAUUUUUUUAUCGGCUACAUGACCUUCAGUUUAUUGAAGCCAAUUCUAACAAGCAUUUUCUUUUAUGUAGGUUAUUUUUAUAUCAGAUCGUUUACCAUGGUGAAAUACAGGAGCAUUUAGAAUAAUAUUUUAGUUUUUUAAGGGUAACUUUCUUUAACCGAUGAUGAACAAUCAACCAUUCAUGGAAUGAGUAUAUUGUCUUGCCCCUUUGUUAAUCACAAUUUCAAAUAAAAGAUCAUGUAAUUUUCAUACAUUAUAACAACAUGAUGUGCGAGACGAUAAAUGUAAAAUUUUGAAUUGUAUAUGAAAAAGGUCUGUAAAUACACUUAAAUGAGGCAGUGAGUGGAAUAGUGGCUAAACUGACACUACCUAUUCAAGCAGUUUAGCCAUUCUUGCUCUCACAGCAGAUUUCAUUUAAACCAAUAUUCUGCUCAUUAACUCAAAUAUUUGCAGAUAAGCAAAAUCCAACUCAGAGUUAAGAAUUUGUUUCUUUAUGAUAAAUGUUUAUUUUGUAAAAAGUCUGUAACAAUUUGGUUAUUUUUUAUCAAAGCAAUAUUUCAUGACAGUUAAUUAGUGCUUCGUGGUAUGAAUGAAAGUAUGUUAACAGCUCCAGUUUUAAAUAUAUUUUAAGUGAAGAGGUUUUGUGAAUAAAUCAAUUUUAUUACAAUAUAUACUGUAAAAAGUUUAACUAAUGUUGAUUUUCUAUAUCUUGAAAAGACUGUUUAUAAUAUUAAUAAUCAACAGUUACAUAUCAAAGCAUUUGGUACUUGAAUCACCCAAGCAGAUUAUGUACAGUUUUGUAUUGUAAAAUAUUCAAAAUGUAUAGUGGAAGUAAUAAAAUUAUUUCCUUGA